CAUCAACCCUUUAACUUGACUGGUGACACUUUAACCGUUUAUCAUUUUAAAAAACUGUUAAUGCCCGCUUUUUCUUUCAGAGUAAUUGAAUUCUCCCUUCAACGAAUUUCACUAAAAGAUGCUCGUUUUUUUAUAUCCAAAAUCACAUUUUCGACAACUUAUUACCCAAAACUCACAUUUAAUGACUACCAACUCCUCAAUCGCUUAUCACAGGGUAGACUACGUGAUGCACAUAACACGCUCAACAAAAUGCCUGAGAGAAGUUCUCAUAGCCGUAUUGUUUAUUGGACUUCUUUGGUUACUAAAUACUCAAAAAGUGGUUUCAUUGAUGAAGCUCGAGCCCUCUUUGACAUGAUGCCUGAGAGAAACGUUGUCAGUUAUAAUGCAAUGUUAUCAGGAUUUUUGCAAUGUGGGAGGCUAAGUGAGGGAAUGAGGUUAUUUGAAGAGAUGCCAGAGAGGAAUGUUGUUUCUUGGACUUGUAUGCUUUGUGGCUUGGCAGAUGCAGGAAGGAUUUGUGAGGCGAGAAGAUUGUUCGAGGAGAUGCCGAAGAGGAAUGUCGUUUCAUGGAAUGCAAUGAUUGUUGUUUUGACUAAAAAUGGAGAUUUGGAGGAUGCAAGGUUGGUUUUUGAUAGGAUGCCAGUCAAGAAUGUGGUUUCUUGGAAUGCAAUGAUUGCAGGGUACAAGGAGAAUGGUAAAAUGGAAGAAGCAAGGGCUUUGUUUGAUGAGAUGGAGGAUAGGAAUGUGGUUACUUGGACAAGUAUGAUAGCAGGUUAUUGUAGGGUAGGUGAGGUAGAGGAAGGGUAUUUUUUCUUUCAGAGGACUCCUGCGAGAAAUGUUGUUACUUGGACAGCCAUGAUUAGUGGGUUUACUUGGAAUGGAUUUUAUGAAGAUGCAUUGCUGCUUCUUCUUGAGAUGAAGCGGAGCUCUGGCAUAAUACCAAAUACAGAGACUUUUAUUUCACUUAUUUAUUCUUGUGCUGGCAUAGGAUUCCAUCGUCUUGGCAAGCAGUUACAUGCUCAGGUUAUAAUAAACAGGUUUGAGUAUGGUGAUUAUGAUGGUCGGUUAUCGGAGAGCCUUAUUUACAUGUACUCUUCAUUUGGCUUCAUGGAUUUUGCACAUUUUAUAUUUAACAAGAACUCAAAUCAUUAUGUUGUUCAGUCUUGUAACUGCAUGAUUAAUGGUUAUAUUCGGAUUGGCCAACUGCAGAAGGCUCAGAAUUUGUUCGACACUGUACCUAUUCGAGACAAGAUCACCUGGACUUCAAUGAUUGAUGGAUAUUUCAGUAUUGGAAAUGUAUCCGAAGCAUGCCAUCUGUUCCAGAACAUGCCUGAAAAAGAUUCAGUUGCAUGGACAGUAAUGAUUUCAGGACAUGUCCAAAAUGAACUUUUUGCUGAAGCUACUAAUUUGUUUACAGAGAUGCAGGCUCAUGGAUUUAGUCCUUUAAGUUCUACAUAUGCUAUUCUUUUUGGAGCUACAGGUGCAUUGGCAUGUCUUGAUCAAGGGAGGCAAUUGCAUGCAAUGCUGAUAAAAACAUUAUCAGCUACUGACUUGAUUCUAGAUAAUUCUCUGAUUUCAAUGUAUGCAAAAUGUGGGGAGAUACAUGAUGCAUAUAAAAUAUUCUCGCACAUGAUUUCUCAUGACCUGAUUUCUUGGAAUUCUAUGAUCAUGGGAUUUUCACACCAUGGGCUAGCGACUGAAGCACUAAAUGUUUUUGAAGCCAUGUUGGAAUCUGGAACUCAUCCAAAUUCUGUAACCUUUCUAGGUGUUCUAUCAGCAUGUAGCCAUGCAGGAUUACUGAGUAAAGGAUGGGAGUUAUUUAAUGCAAUGAAUAAUGUUUACGUAAUUCAACCAGGUUUGGAGCAUUACAUUUGUAUGAUUGAUCUUUUGGGCCGAGCAGGGAAAGUGAAAGAGGCAGAAGAAUUCAUUUUGGGAUUACCUGUUGAAACAAAUCAUGCUAUUUGGGGUGCAUUGCUUGGUUUAUGCAGUUUUAGUGAAAAAAAUGCUGGCAUAGCUAAACGAGCCGCUGCGCAACUCCUUGAGCUAGAUCCACUAAAUGCACCUGCACAUGUAGUUCUCUGCAAUAUGUAUGCAGCAAGUGGCAACCAUAUCGAGGAGCAAAAAUUGAGGAAGAAGAUGGGUAUGAAAGGUGUGAGGAAGGUCCCUGGAUGCAGUUGGAUAGUGCUAAAUGGAAGAAUUCAUGUCUUUUUGUCAGGAGAUAAAUUAGACCCACAGGCAACUGAACUGCUAUCAUUCCUGUUUCAGUUUGGUGAUGGAGCAUAUUAGGUAUAAAAUUUUCAUGGUUCAUUGAGAAUGGGAUUUUAUUUUAUAAUAUCUUCACAAUUUUUUUUUUUUAAAAGGCAUAAUAUCAAUAGUUGCCAUGAACAAUGAAGACAUAAGUACCGUGCUAAGCUUUUUCAAA